UGCCAUCUGAACCCGGAGAUGCCAAUCAUGUCAGUUAAUGCGGUAGGUGAAUGAUGUGGUUAAGUAAUUAGGGCGUGCAUUAUGCAGUGGUUGACCUAAUUCUUAAGACAUAUACUGACAACAAAUGACAUGGUCAGUGUGAGUGGUGCUCGGGAACAGAAAGCCAGACAAGCAGGGAACGCAAUAUAUGGCAGUGUCCACAAUCAAAACAUGACCUCCAGAGUGAUGGACGAUAACGACACUUAUGUCUACGGACCCGAGCGAAUCUCAACUCACCCCUACUCUCACUGCUCCACCAUUUCAUCUGUCCGCAGAACCUUCUGCCUUCUGGCUCUCUUUGAUCUGUGUUUCUGCUUUAUACUGUGGGUCAUCUAUACUCAGCUUACAGGUUCAGAAACUGUUUGGGAGGCAUUUGAACAGCAGGUUGCUAAUUAUGGAUUUAAAACCUCACUGUUUGACACAGUUAUGGUAGCGGCACUUCGAUUUGUUUUGAUUGAGCUGGGCUACGCAUUGUUUAGACUAAAUCAUUGGUGGCUUAUUGCAAUUUCCACAUCACUAACUUGUAUAUUUUUGAUUGCCAAAGUAUUUUUAUUUGAGUUCAGCCAUGCUGGUAAACCUGAGAACCCUCUGAGUUAUAUUCUUUUAUUAGCAUCAUUUAUCAUUACGUGGAUUGAGACUUGGUUUCUGGAUUUUAAAGUCCUGCCAACAGAGAAAAAAAUACUACUUAAAGGAACACACGGUCAGCCAAACGAGAGGACAAGUUUACUGCGGAAUGCAGAGGAAGGGAAUAGUGUGCCAGACGAUGACAAAGAUACACGAUACUACUCACCUGCAGGGUCAGACGAUGAGAGUGACAUGGACCGGUACCGCAGCGUCCCCGCCUCCCGAUCACACAGCCGAAAGGACCUUGAGUAUUUGAAGAUAGCUAAGGGUGCCAUGGACAUGUUAUGGGAGCUGGUGAGAGAAGAAGGAUGGAAUAUAGAAAAGGAGAGGGAAGAGGACGUAGUCAAAAGUGCCUACAUCAAAAAACUCAAGAGGAAAAUCUACAAACUAGAGAGUAUAUUGGAUAUUAGUCCCCAUGAACUCUGGAGAGACACAAUUGAGAAUAUAAAUGAAUCACCAAGUUGGAAUCCAACAUUGCUAGAAGCAAGGACACUACAGGUAGUGGAUGAUAGAACAGACAUAUGUUACAAUAUAGCAGCUGAGGCCGCGGGGGGUCUGGUGUCCGCACGGGACUUCAUAAACUUACGACACUGGGGGGAGAGGAAUCAGACCCUCUUCAUCGCAGUGGAUGGGGCCACAUUCCUCGACAUGCCUCCACAGAAAAAAUAUGUCAGGGGUGUAAGUGGCCCUGGAGGAAUGGUGUUUCAUCGUAUUGAUGGACAGCCCAAUAAAUGUAGAUUAGACUGGUAUCUAAACACAAAUCUAAAGGGCUGGAUACCCCAGGCUGCUAUUGACCAAGGCCUGACAAGUGUUUUAAUGGAUUAUAGUAAAUACCUCAGACUUCAUAUUCUGGAGAUGAAAACUAGAAACAUAAGCUAAUAAUGAAUGACAUAGAUCUACCAAAUCCUGUGUUGUAAGAUGGUUAUGUGAUUUAUUGGAAUGUCUAAUUAGUAUUUAUAUUAAGCAAGAUUUAUAAUUAGGAAGUGAGCAAUUCAUGCAUUUGAGGAAAAGGCAGUAUUUGAGAUGUCCUAUUGUUUUUAAACAGGCAGUAUUUGAGAUAUUGUCAUAUUGUUAAAAGGGCAGUAUGUGAGAUAUUGUCAUGUCCAAAAGGCAGUAUUUGUCAUAAUGAGAUGUUGUCACAUUGACAAAAGGGCAGUAUUUGAGAUAUUGUCACAUUGACAAAAAGUUAAUUUUAGAGAUGUUGCCAAAUUUUGUGAGAUACAUAUUGUUCCAUUGACAAAAAGGAAGUAUUUGAGAUAUUGUCACAUUGACAAAACACAGUUCUUGAGUUAAUGUCGCAUUGACGAAAAAGCUGUUUUUUGAGUUAUUGUCACAUUGUCAGAAAGACAAUAUUUGAGAUAUUGUCAUAUUGUAAAAAGGUAGUAUUUGAGAUAUUGUCAUAUUGUAAAAAAGGCUGUAUUUAAGAUAUUGUCUUAAAUAUUGAUCAUCUACUUACAUAUUUUAUUUAUUUUAAUUCUUUGUUUGGAUGAUUUCCAUGCAGUGACUUGUAUAUUUAUGAUUGUUUUUUUUAAAUCUGUGCAAUUUCUGAAGUUUCAAGAGGAGGAAAUCUAGUUGAAAUGAUUAAUUUCAAUGUUUUAUCUAUUUUAACACUUAAUUUUAUGAUUUGAUUAUAUAGUAUAAUGAGAUGGACAUUAAUUGUUGAAAAAAUUAACAUGAUUUAAAAUUCAAAACAUAUUUGUUUCAAAAUAACUGUAUUUUGAUCACACUUUUUUGUUCCCUUUUUAGAAAUUUUCCAUAUGUAAUCAAUAUCUCAUAAAUUUUUUAAAUUAUAAUACAAUUAUAGUGUAUCCACUCUCUCCCAGAGAAAAAAUGUGUGUAUUUUGUCUGAUUAAAAAAAAUGUCCAAAAAAAAAUUUGAGUCAUGACAUUGAAUAUAAUAUUUUAAAAAAUGCAGGGCCCUAUUUAUAAGCAGUUCAAAUGGUUUAUUUUCUCCCCACUGUAUGGACAUGGCUAAAUCACAUUUAGUUGGACAUUUUAUCAGAUGGACAGAAACUUUUUU